AUGGCCAUGCUCACAGUGAUGUCUUAUGAUCGCUAUGUGGCCAUCUGCCACACACUGUGCUAUGAAAUCAUCAUGACAGUCAACACCCGUGUUCAUGGAAUCUCAGCCAUCCGGAUCAGCGGGGUCAUCUCUGGACUUAUGCAUACAUCUGCUACUUUCUCCAGCCAUGUCUGCGGUGCCAACGUCAUUCACCAGUUCUUCUGUGAUGUCCCCCAUCACAGGCUCUUAAAAUUUGCUUGUUCUAAUGAGUAUGUCAGUGAGCUUGGGGCUACUGGCUUCCUGUCCUUGGUGGCCUUUCUUUGCUUCAUCUCCACUGGAUCCUCCUACACACACAUAUUCUCUACUGUGUUGAGGAUCCCAUCUGCUGAGGGCAGAGCCAAGGCCUUCUCCACCCACCGCCCCCACCUAGCUGUUGUCAUAUUGUUUAUCUGUACUGGUGUCUUUGAGUUUCGAAAGCCACAUUCUGACUCUCCAAUUGCAUUAGACUUUUUGCUUGCUAGUUUUUAUACUGUUCUGCCUCCAGCACUUAAUCUGAUGAUCUAUAGCCUGAGAAACAAAGCCGUGAAGGCAGCUCUAAAAAAGGUUUUUGAAAGAAGAAAAACCUACGUCUUUUGCUGA